AUGUCACACCCUCCCUCGGGUAGUGCUUUUCCUCGACUCGUUUUGGCAAUAGCGAUAAUAAUUAAAUGUAAUAAUGCUCAAUCGUCGGCAUCGAACGAUAUAAUAUGGUAUCCGGUAGACGAAGAAGAUGGCGUUUUCAUAUCGAUUUACGGUAUACGAUUGGUAAUGAUAUUCCAAGAAAUUUUCAAUCAUCGUCAAAUUUACAACAACAACAACCAAAUUGGAUAA